AUGACAUCUCGCUCCAACGAAGCAGUUCCGGGUCACCCGAUCGUCCUUGGUUGUGGCCAACUCUGUUUGGAUUACUUAGUCACUGUACCGUCUUUCCCAGUUCCCGACGAAAAGAUACGAUGCACGAGCUUCAAGGUUCAAGGUGGUGGAAACACUGGGAAUACUUUAACAUGCGCUGCUCGUUUGGGUUUGGCUUCUAGAAUCUUAGCUAAGGUUGCUGAUGAUUCUCAAGCGAGAUGGAUGCUAGAAGAACUCGAAUCUAGCGGCGUCGAUACUUCGUUUUGUGUGACAGCUAAAGAUGGAGUUUCACAUUUUAAUUACGUCAUUGUAGAUAACCAAACGAAUACUCGCACGUGUAUUUUCACACCAGGAUAUCCUCCCUUGCUCCCAGAUGACCUUACUGAAUCUCUCCUUCUAGCUGUGCUUGAUGGAGUAAAAGUUGUACAUGUAACUGGAAGGUCUCGCGAAACCGAAUUGCUUCUUGCGCAAAAGGCACAUAGCAAGAACGUAUCCGUCUUAAUCAACGCAGAGAAAAGAAGGGAGGGACUAGAUAAGCUCCUUGACUUAGCUGAUUAUGCUAUUUGCUCUACUCACUUCCCACAGGAUUGGACUGAGUCACCAUCAUCCCCUAGUGCGCUUCUCUCUAUGCUCAUUAGCCUACCGAAGCUAAAGUUUGUGAUCAUGACUUUGGGGGAACAUGGCUGUGUGGUGCUCGAGAGAUGUCCCAAUGAAGUGUCAGAAUCAGAAGAAGAAAUAGACAUCGAUGAACUACACGAGUCUCUGAAGCAAAGCACAGACUUCACAAGUGUUUUACCUGUCUGCAAUUUAUCGCUGGUGACAAGACUGAAAGGAAAUGUUACAGGGAGAUUGUAUAUCGUAACAGCUGAGAAAGUACCUUCAUCGGAGAUUAUGGACACAACCGGUGCUGGAGAUGCAUUCACCGGAGCUCUGCUCUAUGGUUUGUGCACAGACAUGGCUCUAGAAGAAACGUUGAAAUUUGCAUCUCGAGUCGCCGCUUGUUGCUGCAGAGGUUUAGGGGCUCGAACCACUCUUCCAUUCCGUUCUGAUCCAAAUCUUGCAGCUUACUUGGGGACAUGA